AUGUCUAUGGAGUGUCCCCUCAAACCAGAUGCAGCAAUCCCUGAUGUUAAGAAUGUUUCAGUAAUUUAUCGAACAGAGACUGAAUUAACAUUUGAAUGGAAAGUUGAAAACAGCAAUUACAGUUAUAUACUGGCAACAAAUGGCAUUGAAGUCUUUCCAAUCAGUGCAUCAGAAACGGAUUAUUUAAAUCAUACAGUCUCGUUUCUGUCUCCUGGGACUAACUACUCGUUCACACUCUACACUGUGUUUGAGAAUUAUACAAGCAAAGGAUUUAACUUUUCUGAUGUAACUGUUCCAUCUAAUGUUGACAGUGUUUCAGUCAUCAAUCGGAAAGAAAAUGAGAUAACAUUACAAUGGAGUAAAGUCAACAACAGCAAUGAUUACGGUUAUGAGCUGAAAUACAAGAACAAAGAAAACUAUUCAAUACCUAUAUCACAAAAUAAUACAGUGGAAUAUAAUGUCACAUCUCUGGAUGCUGGGACAGAAUACUUCUUUACGCUCUACACUGUGUUUGGACAUGUAAUGAGCAGUGGAUACAACUUCACCAAUGUAACCAUGCCAUCUAAUGUUCAAAAUGUGACUGUGAAGCACAAUGACACCGACAUGAUCUUACAAUGGGAUGUUGUAUCAAACACAGACAACAACACUUACAACUAUACUCUCGAAAACAGAGAUGAACCACCAGUGAAUUGCACUAAUCAAACUGCAGAAGGAAAUGAGGUAACAUGUCAUAUAUCAGGUUUGAUGCCUGCAACAAAUUACAGCUUCACUCUGUACACGGAGUUUGCUGAUCUGAGAAGUACUGGAUUCAACUUUUAUAGCAACACGACUCUAUCUGACAUAACUGGAGUUACAGUCACUCGGUCACAGACAGAGUUGACUAUCUCAUGGAAUAAGUUAAACAAUAAUGGCAUCUACAACUACACCUUGAAAAGUCAGGGAGAGGGGAGUGAGAAAAAUUUCACUGGAUCUGCUGUGGGUGAUGUGAUUACACAUACUUACUCAUCUCUCACACCAGGCACUGAACACAAUUUUACUCUCUUUACUGUGGUGAACAAUGCCUUAAGUAGAGGAUACAGCUUUAAGAACAUCACUACCCUUAACUGUGCAUCCUUUAACUGGAAAGUUACCAACUCAUCAAUAGAGGCUGAAGUGAAUGGUUGCACAUAUGUGAAAGCUCAAAACAGCACUCGAAGUGAUAAAAAUGACUCUUUAAAUGACAAUAGGGUGAAUCUGCAAGACCUGUAUCCUGGAGGAAGCUACACUGUUUCACUGUUUUAUGACUUGGAGUCAGAGCGGCUGCUACAAUGCUCACACCGCCUGACAUUAGUUCCAAAUAGUGUAUCUCAUCUCCGCUGUGAAUAUCAUUCUGGAGGGUAUGGUCUGGCUGUAAUUUGGGAUCCUCCAUAUGGAGUUGUGGAUGUGGUGCAGGUGGAUGUUGAUAGACAAAGUUUCAACAAAUCACAUAGUUCAGAAAAACCAAUAAGACAGGAGAUAAAUGGCCUGCAAGCUGCCCAGUGGUACAAAGUGACAGCAUCAUCAUUUUCUGGAGCCGUGAGGAGUCAAACAGUAUCAGUCAACUGCCAAACAAAUCCAGCAGGUGUUAUAGCAGGAGUACUUGUGUUUUUCCUCUUGGUCAUCAUUAUUUGUGUUGCUGUAUUUGCAUGGCGCCGCUAUGGUUCUGCAAAGCACAAUAAGUAUGAUUUUUUUGUGGAGUCAAAAGUGCCUAAUAAAAACUACAAACCAAUUCCCUUGGAUAAAUUUCCUGAAUAUUAUCAAAACAUGAGUCGUGAUGAGAAUAGAGGUUUCAGUGAGGAAUAUGAGGACUUGAGUUCAGUUGGUAUAGAACAGUCUAAUGACUCCUCUAGAGUGCAUCUCACCACAAAGGAUGAGGGUGAUUCUGAUUAUAUCAAUGCUAACUACAUGCCUGGCUACGGCAAUGCAAGCAGACAGUAUAUCGCUGCUCAAGGUCCACUGCCAUCCACUGUCAAUGACUUCUGGAGAAUGGUUUGGGAGAAAAGGUCACAGGCCAUCGUCAUGGUAACCAACUGCACUGAGAGUGGAAGUGUCAAGUGUGAGCAAUACUGGCCACUGGACUACAUGCCAUGUCUUAAUGGGAACCUGCUUGUUACAGUGAAAUCGGAGGAUACAUUUCCAAGUUGGACUCUGCGAGAAUUUAAUGUCAAAAAUAAAGACACCUCCGAGACACGAACAGUGAGGCACUUCCACUUCACAGCAUGGCCGGAUCACGGUAUUCCCGCUGGCACAGAGGAGCUGAUCCAAUUCAGAGGACUCAUCCGUCAGCACAUAGAGAGCUCUUUCUCUGCAGGGCCGACAAUUGUACACUGCAGUGCCGGAGUGGGCCGGACAGGUACCCUGAUAGCGCUGGACGUCCUGCUACAGCAGCUGCACAAAGAGAAGGCAGUGGGAAUUGCAGCGUUUGUCAAGCAAAUGAGACUCAGCCGGCCACUAAUGGUGCAAACUGAGUCUCAGUAUGUGUUCCUGCACCAGUGCAUCAUGGAUAGUCUACAACCCAAAGCUGGGCCUAAGUCAGAGCCUCUCAAUGAAAACUCAGACAUGAUCUAUGUUAACGCAAUAGCAUUAAAAGAAUAUGACAAACAAAGUCAAAUAUGAACAGAAAUAUAAACCAUAUCAUAUGGUCCAAUGGCCCAUUUCAAAUACAUACCCUUCAAAAAAUAAAAACUGAAAGCCUAAUCCAUUAAGUUAUUAUUAUUAAUAUUAUUUUAGAUAAAACACUCUUCUGCUAACAAGGCUGAAAGAUACUGGCCAUGGUAUUUUGAGCCUAAGAUAUAAAUCACUAAAUGUUUACCAUUUAAACUUAA